AGGGAAAACAACAAGAGCAAGAAGAGAAGAAGAAGAAGAAGAAGAAGAACAGAACCAAACUCAAACCAUCGAAGAAAAGAUGAAGACCUUCACUCUCCUCGUCCUCUUUGGUGUGCUGGCUGCCUGCAUGUCCAUGGGAGUGCUCCCAGACGUGGUUGUUGAUCCUGAAGCUGAUGCUGCAGCUGCACCUGCUGAUCCUGUCGAUGCUGACCCCUCAGUUUCCGACUCCUCCUCUGCCUCAGACUCUUCUUCUGCCUCAGACUCUUCCUCUGCCUCAGAUUCCUCUUCAGCAUCCGAUUCCACCUCAGAUUCUGCCUCAGAUUCUGCAUCUGAUUCAGCCUCUGAUUCCUCCUCUUCUGAGUCCAACUCUGCCAGUGAGGAAGCCACACCUGGACCAGAGCAUGUGGUGGUGAAGAGAUCUGUAGCUGCAUCCAUGCUGAGGAGACACAGGAGAGCCGGCACACCUGCUGCUGCUCUCACUCCUGUCCAGCUGGAAAGUCUGAGAGAGGUGUGUGAAGCGAACGUGGCCUGUGAUGAAAUGGCUGACACAAACGGCAUUGUGGCGGCCUACACCACCUACUACGGCCCCGUCCCAUUCUAAACCUCAGAGGGAAGCUGCUUCUACCUGGACUCAAAUGUAAUCCUCAUGUACAGGCAAUAAAUAAGCUUUAUACCAUUUGAACGGGUUCCACCACUACCCUGCUUUGCAUAGAGGGGAAACAGGGAGCUGACCGGGAUCUGCUGUGGUGAGAGGCAGUGCCAAGUUUUGCUGCAGUUGUGUGUUUUCACUGAAACCACUACUGAGCCCUGCUUUCUCGUUUUGCGGCGGCAGCCACCAUUACAACGACAACUCAUUUGUGUAGUAGUCUAAGAAUAGUCCUGUAAGGUGUACGUAGCCUGUGGUUUGAUCAAUCUAACCGACAACUGUAUUAUAGAACAACACCUGUAUGAUGUCCACCAAUGUAAUAUAAGCUUGUAAGCUUAGGGAUACAGAGCUUUAUUUGCACAGAUUAACUGAGUAUUAGUAGGCAAGCCAUACACGUAUACAAAGCUUUUUUUGUAAUAUUAUAAAUUAUUUCUUUUUUGCCGUGUUUAGGUUGUGUUUUUAUGAAAGAAGACUGUUAUCUUUCUUCACAAAGGUGCUACACCUCCCUAUUUUACCACUGUAAAGUAGGGGAGUUACAUCAUAAACUGUAUUUUAAUGCAGAUAGACUGCCUUAAACUGGCUAGUUGGUGGCCCAUGACUGUGCCAUUGUCUCGUUGUCAAUAGUACAUUUUAUCAUGCGCACAUAGUACUUGAACAGUGAUGCGAUGACAGAAAAGGCUUGUUUAGUGUGUUUUAAUAAAGAUGUUUUAAAUAA